AAUGUGCAAAUAAGUUAACUGUUAUGAUUCAUGCAUAUCUGCGCACGCGCGGGCUCAAAAUAACGCACGUUCUCUCGUGAACGAAACAUACUUUGGUAUGUGAACAGUUUUCAAUUGGUGUGCAGGAACUGCACACCAAUGUAAAGUAAAUGUAAAGUAAAUACAGCUGCCUUUAAGCUUUGUGAAGUAAUUAUGUUUUUUCUGUUAUUCAACAGAAGGUGGAGUCUUCACUAGAGGCCUCAAGGCAGGAGACAAUUGAACUUCAACAGUCCAGUUCCUCGGCGCAACCGGCUACUAAAAUUACAGACCAGUCAGCUGGGUCAUCUCGAAAAUGGAGUGUCAGCUCUUCUAGCAAGCAGGAAAAUGACAGCAGUAACUCUGUGCGUACGAUUUAUCAUCGCUACUGCUAAAAAUGCGUUUUCUGUUGCCGCUCUGCAAUCAGCGGUGGCGCUUGGUUCAAGAGCUGUUACACACCGCUGAACUGUGGGCUCCUGAUUACAUGCCCGUGAUAAUGGUGGAUAGACGAGUACCGCUGAUCGAGCGCCAUGCUGAGUCGCGGAACAGUGUUUUCUUACAGGUUUACCAUGAGCUGAGAGGGGAGAAGGCUCAUUUUCGCUGGAACAAGAGGAAGUAUGGCCAAUGGUGGGAAGUGAAGUUUGUAGGUGAAGGCAUAAUUGAUCAGGGUGGAGGUUUUCGUGACUCUUUGGCUGAACUUGUUGACGAGCUGUGCCCUCCUGAAGAACGCAUACCAGAGAUCCUGCCAUAUCUGAUCAGAACUCCUAAUCACAAGGAGAAGACUGGUGAUUUUCUGGACUGUUUCAUUCCCAAUCCCUCUUGUGACACUCUGCACUUGUUCCAUUGGCUAGGGGUCCUCAUGGGAGGAGCGUAUCGCAGUGAUGAGAGCCUCACUCUGGCGUUCCCUCCUUUUGUUUGGAAGCUCAUUGUUGGAGAGCAUGUCACGUGGGCAAAGGACUACGUCGCCAUUGAUGAAGCUGCUGUUCACAUAACAGGUGAACUAGAAGUCCAAGAUGAAGCGUCAUACCUCAGUAGCUAUGGCAACGAGUGCACGUUCUCCACUGUGUUGAGUGACGGUCGGCGUGUGGAGUUACUUCCAGGAGGGGAGGGGAGAGUAGUGAGGUCUGAGGAGAGACAGGAGUACACUAGCUUAGUGAGAAAGGCCCGGAUGACUGAAUUCACUAAACAGGUUCAGGCAAUCAGAGAGGGCUUGAUGUCAGUUAUCCCCGAGUCUGUGCUCUGUCUUCUCACCUGGACUAACCUGGCGCGAGGGGUCUGUGGAGAUCGGGAGAUUUCUGUCGCUCAGCUUAAGUCAGCCUGUAAGUGUUUCCCUUUGGUGAUUAUUGAUAAACUUUUAAGAUUUAUCUGAAGUUCGCCAAUAAGAACAACACGGUUGUUUAUGUCAUAAGAAAUAUAAUUGUUUUGUUGGCUUGUCAUUUAUUCCUUCAUGAAGAAUUUCCAAGGUGGGAGACGCGCUGGCUUCACAGACCAUAUUCGUAUUCUCGGUAUCGGACUGGAACUAGCUUGCAACUGAGGCUAAUGUGGGGAGUCUUUUCAAA